AUGUCACGUUCGCCGCUGCUGCUCAAGGCGCACCCGUCUACCAUGUCCUUCUACGACCUGCCAGACGAAAUCGUCAUCUACAUUCUUUGGUUCCUUGACGUUGACGCUUUGCUAGCCACCGCAAAGACCUCCCACUCUCUCCGCACGCUCUCUCUUGACCCCAUUCUCCACCGCCUGCGAUUGAAAUACGCACACGCCCGCGUCGCUCACCUGCUCCCCCUCCGCCCUCCCCUCCGCUACCUCCAACCCCCGCUCUCCACCAUCCACCUAACCCGCACACACGUCGCCGCGCGCAAGCUGCACUGGUCGCUCGUGCGCAUCCGCCUCUCACGCCAACUCUCGCGCCGCCCGAAACUCUCCUCGCUCAUCAGCGAAAACAAGAUUCCCGUCGAGUGCUGCAAGUAUGAUCGGCGUUCGGGCGAGUUUGUACUAGGAACGGGCGUCGCGGGGCAGUUGGUGGAGAGGAAGAGACGGGUGGAGAGGGAGCAGAUGAAGGCGGGGUUGAGGGUGUGGUUGGAGCGGAAGGCGAGGGAUAUCAGUUCGCGGCCGCGAGGGGAGGGUGGAGUCGGCGUCAUGGUUUGGAGGUUUUCGCGCAAGCUGAAGCUUGCUGCUUCGGCUUCUGCUGCUGCGGACACUAGGCUGCAGUGUGGAAUGGCGAUGAGGGAGCCGGAGAGGGAUCGGGUGAAUAGGCUGCGGAGGUUUUGGGAGGGAAUUGCGGCGUAG